GCUACAAACUAUUGUAAAUGAAAUUCCGCAUUAAAACAAAUGAUCCGGGAUGUAUUGAAUAUUUCUCAGGUAUUGUACAAAUGAUGGCUGGACUAGCGAAAAAUGUUAUUCUACGCUUGAAUAAAGGUCAAUUUUCAUUUGCUAUUAAAGAACGUAUUGUAUUCGGUGGGAUUACAGCAUGGUGUGAUGUAGAACAUGCAGUCUUGUUUCCUGAACGUAUAUGUGAAGGUAUUUCGCCUGAUCAAGAUGAAAUAUUCCUCGAAGUGAUUAUUGAUCAUUUGCUGCAUUGUAUUCGUUCAAAUGCACAAUCUGCUGCUGGUCACAAUUCAUUGUACAAUACAACUUCUUCAUCUAACUCAGGCAUGAAUAAAUCAAGAAUUGGGUCGAAUUCUAUUACUGGAAUGGUGAAUACAUUUGAUCAGUCUACUUGUCGAUUACUUGGCCUGAAAAUUAAACUGGUUCGACGUAAAACGCCUUGUUUAGCAAUUGAAUUAGAACAGUCAAGUGUUACAGGUCGUCCACGUUCUGUUUGGCAUUUUAUUCCUGUACAAGUUGUCCCUCCACGUUUGUGGGAUGAAUUUAUUGAACCGACAGAUCCGGAAUUCGAUGUGAGCAUUUUCUUUCCACCAGUGAAAACUUUACGUCCAUUUGUUGAUCGUAUGAAGAGAUUUGCGAAGUUUGUUAUAAUCAGCGCUAAUGGUUCAGGGGAAUUAAAUUUCGGUGUCAAUGUUGAAACGCUUGCUUGUGUUAAACUGACCUUUAGAGGUUUAAAAGCACGUAGUUGGAUGGCAGAAGAAUCACCUACAGAGAUUAAUGAUUCUAUGGAUGAUGCUCGUAGUGUCACCUGGGAAUCCAAUUCUCAUCAUCAACAGCAGAAUAAUCACGAUGUUGAUAUGGACAGAUCGCAGAAUGAAAAUCCAAAUAAAAAAUUUGUUUCAGUCAGUUUAGAUAUACGACGUAUUGGACAGUUGUUAUCAAGUCUGAAAACUAUUCCUACUUGUUUUGUUUGCAAUAUAAUUCACGAAAGAUUGGCUCAAUUUCUAUUGUUAUUCGACAAUCAUAAGCUGAAAUUCAACAUUCCAGCUUCUAAUUUAUAGGAUACAUUCUGACAAUAAUAACAACAAAUUAAUAAUGACGAUGAGAUAAUCCCUUUUUGUUUAUAAUCUUUAUUCGUUGGAGAAAAAUAUUACCCUAAAAUGAAAAGCAUCGACUUCUUACAAGGUGUUUAUUAUACACAGUUCGAUUGUAUUUAAUUAACUAUGUACAGUAGUAAAAGUCAAGUUAUUGUAACGUUGAUGGAAAUCGAAAACUCUCUGUAAGAUGUAUAUACUUCUUCAAGUGUUGGUUUGUAGGGAUUUGAUUGAUUGGUUACACGGUUUCAUCA